UUUGACCCCGAGCGCUACCAACAUGAUUGGAACGUGUAGUAGUGUUGUCGAAUGUUGAGUAGCCUCCUUUUUAGAUAAAUAUUUUCGACUAAAAAGCGGAACUUACAUUAGAGAGAGCUUGGUCAAUCGAAAGCAAAGCUGUAAAGGGGCAAUAUGGCGACAGAGCACAAAGGGGUCAUCAAUGAUGCCAGCAAGUCUGGCGAAUUUAUCAGAAAAGAUUCUGUUUUCAGAAAUUUUAUUACUGCCGAUGGGUCAUCUGGUUUAAAAGCAGAACCUGGGAGAUACCACCUCUACGUAUCAUAUGCCUGUCCCUGGGCUCACCGCACCCUGAUAUAUCGCAAACUGAAGGGCCUUGAUGAUGUGAUUUCUGUGAACGUUGUAGACUAUUUCAUGGAUUCGCGAACUGGCUGGAGAUUUUCACCAGGCAGAACUGACUGCACGCCGGAUACAGUUAAUGGGUGUAAUUAUUUGAGAGAAGUUUACCAAACCUCUGACAAGGCCUACGACGGUCGAAUCACAGUUCCAGUGUUGUUUGAUAAACAAACAAAGAAAAUUGUAAACAACGAGUCCAGUGAAAUAAUUCGCAUGUUAAACAGCGAGUUCAACCAGUUUUGUAACAGCAAAGAACAGGUACAGCUGGACUUGUAUCCUGCUCAAUUGCGUAACGAGAUUGAUGAUCUAAACAGCUGGAUUUACCCCAUGAUCAAUAAUGGGGUUUACAGAGCUGGAUUUGCUAGAACUCAGGAAGCAUAUGAUACUGCUGUGAAGGAGGUCUUUGAAGGCCUGGAUAAGGUUGAGUCAAUUUUGAGUACAAAGCGCUUCUUAACUGGUAAUCAAGUGACUGAAGCUGAUGUUCGUUUAUUCACAACCUUAAUACGAUUUGAUCAUGUCUAUCAUGGACACUUCAAGUGUAACAAAAAACGGAUUAUAGAUUAUCCCAACCUCUUUGGCUAUACCAAGGAUCUUUAUCAGCACAAAGGCAUUGGAGAUACAGUUAACAUGUUCCAUAUCCGUCGCCACUAUAUGGAGAGUCAUGAAUCUGUGAACCCGUUUAGAAUUGUUUCUAUUGGGCCUGAUAUUAACUUUAGCACCCCUCACGGAAGAGAGGCUGUUGGCAAGUAACUCCAUCUUGAUGGAAUCAUAUGCAUCAUUGACUAUCAGCCGUUUGACAUUCUUCAAAAUAUUCAAUGAUGACAUUUAUUUAAUUUAUUGCCUUACCUGCACGCAUCAUUUUCCACGCACAAUAUAGAUCAGCUUCAUUCUGAGCCAAAGUAGUAGCAUUGAAAUGCCUAGACCCUUUAUAGAUUACCUUUUCUAGAACCCUGGUGUUCUGUUGCUGGCUCCCAUGCCUUUUAAUAAUGUUAAAAGUAAAUGGCUUUGAAAAAAGCAAACAUUUAGUAAACUAAAGCUUUUCGUCUGACACUCUCCAGAGUUUAAAACGUUAGAACAUAGAUCGAAAACUCUACGCUAAGAAAUAUAUAUACCCAGUUGUGGAUCGAAAUAGGCCAAUCAAAAACACGAGCACAUGACUGUAUAGGUUGACACUUGAAAUUGGAAGAAAAUGAAGAAAAUAAUUUUGAAUUAUUUGUACACAUUUGAAAAGGAAGAAAAUAUCUCCUUGCCAUUUCUAGAUGUUUUGGUUGAAAAAUCUGACACUGGAUUUCUCACUAGUGUAUAUCGUAAACCCACAUGCUCGAUGGAGUGCGUUUUGCCCAAAACAAAGGAAAAUCAGCCUCAUCAAAACGCUUAGACAUAGGGCACUGAUGAUUUGUUCCAAGUCUAAACUCGACUCGGAACUUGAAAAACAACUAAGAUUUUUCUGGAGAACGGCUAUCCAGAAGAUGUUAUUUUAAGUUUACAUUAAGGAGAAGAUAGGAAAUUUCUCGGCUGACGUAAAAUUUGGUCCUCAAAAGUGCCCGGUCUAUCUAAAACUACCCUGGAUCGGUAACAGCUCUCUACGUUUUGAAAGCCAAAUAAAACA